AUAUAAUAAUUUUGGUGUGUUUGUGUUUGUGUUCAUCCUCCCACACCGAUUAAAAACAAAGAGAAGAGAAAGAGAAGAUCACACACGACUUUUUCUGCAACUAGAAGAAGGAACACCAACAGAGUUUUUCUUUUUCUACGAGUAUUUAUUAAUCCAUUUAUGAUCUCCCAGCUUUGUUUAAUUCAAUCCAGUAUCCACCCAACUGUUCUUGUUGUUUUGUAAGUUAUCAUCAAUUCGAUCCCAUUGAAAGCUAGCUAUAUUAUAUAUCUACCCAUAAAGAAGAAAGAAGAAUCGAUCCAGAAAAAAGGAGAGAGUGAGAGAAACUUACAGAAGAAGAAGAAGAUGGUGUUGGGAUGGAGACGAGCUUUUUGUACUUCCGUCCCUCGGGAACGUGAUUCAACCUCCAUGACUUCUUCCAUGGAAGAGUUUGAGUAUGAACAUGUUAUUGACAAUGGGAAUGGAAGUAGUUGUGGUACUACAAAAUUGGGGAGAAGAUUUGGGUUCUUUUCGUCUUCUUCAAAUCCAUCUACGCCUCCGCUUCGAUCUCAGUCGGUUUCUAGUCCGAGCCUCCGUUGUCGGACCACCGUAAAAGUACCACCGGCUCCGUCGUCAUCUGUUCCUGUCAGUCCGAAGCUUCAUUGCGAGACUAAGAACAGCCCUCGGUGUUUUCUUCGGUCGUCGACUCCUUCGUCUCCUCGCUCUCCUUCUCCGUUUACUUUCCUCAAAUCGAGUCUUCGCCUUUGCACUCGUAGAUGUGGAUUAUGUUUGCAGAGCGUGAAGAAAGGGAAUGGAAUGGCGAGUUUCACGGCGGAGUGUUCGCAUUGUUUUCACUUCCCUUGCAUCUCCGAUCAUGUGAAGAAACAAGGGAGCCUUGCUUGUCCUGUUUGUAGCUGUUUGUGGAAAGAUAUGCCUCUGUUGUCUGUAGAUGAACAGAAUCAGAAACAUCAGUUCGUUGAGGAAGAAGAAAGGAUCAGGGAAAAGCUAGCUACGCGAUUCUUCAUGGAAGAUGUUGCUUCCAAAAACGAAUCUCCAAAGCAGCAGCCAUUGAAUUUCAAGGUUUAUAACGAUGAUGAGCCAUUAGCGUCGUUAACUCCUAAAGCUCGGUUCAUUGCUAUUCCAGAAUCUGAUGAAACUUGCGAUGAAGAAUCCAUCGAUGAGUUUCAAGGAUUUUAUGUUAAGGGAGGUAACAACACUCCAAUUGAGGAUCAUGCAAGAGAUGUUGAUGUUCGUCUGUUACCAGAUGCGGCAGUGAUCGCUUCUUCACGGAGGCACGAGAGUUACGCGAUUGUUCUGAAGGUAAAAGCUCCACCGGCGCCGGAGAAAACACAACGCAGAGCUCCGAUCGAUUUGGUCACUGUCGUUGAUGUCAGUGGUAAAAUGACAUGUGAAAAGCUACAGAUCAUCAAAAGAGCAAUGAGAUCAAUCGUUUCAGCACUUUCAUCCAAAGAUCGUCUCUCAAUUGUCGCAUUCUCAUCGUACUCCAAGAGGUUAUUACCAUUGAGGCGAAUGACAACGACUGGCAGACGAGCAGCGCGUCGUAUCGUGGAAGCCAUGGCCGUUCUCGAAGGCUCAUCAAAUUCAAAAGACGCCGUGAAGAAGGCCGUGAAAGUUUUAGAAGAUCGUCGAGAGAAAAACCCGGUCGCCACCAUCAUCCUACUCUCCGAAGUCCUCGAUCAAUCAUCAUCCAUUUCCUCGGCGCGUUACUCACACGCGCGUCUCGACAUUCCCAUACAUUCACUCAACCUCGCCGUGACUGAAGAUCACGUAUUCGCGAAAUGCAUAGGAAAUUUACUGAGCGUGGUGGUUCAGGAUCUCAAACUGCAACUAGGAUUUAUCUCCGGUUCCGGUCCGGCGGCAAUCGCGGCGGUUUAUUCACGUACACCACUACCGAUCGUCCUUGGAUCCGGUGCUGUACAGAUCGGAGAAUUGUCUGCCGAUGAAGAAACAGAAUUAUUGAUUGAAUUGAAAGUGCCAUCGUCGGCGUUAAGGUCCCACCAAAUACUAUCCGUGCGAUGCUGUUACAGAGAAUCAACAAGUCAGGAGCUUAUCUAUGGUAAACAACAAGCUUUGCUUGUACCUCGGCCGAACGCCGUCCGAUCAUCGUCUCCGGCCAUCCAACGGCUGCGAAACCUCUUCAUCACAACUCGAGCCUUAGCCGAAUCAAAACGGCUAACCGAUCGAAACGAUCUCACCGGCGCAUACCACAUGCUUGUCUCCGCUCGUGCCUUAAUGCAUCAAUCCAAUCUGGCUUCUGGUAACGAAUUUAUGCUCCGUUUAGAAGCGGAGAUAAGCGACCUUCAACGGCGGCGCAAGGUUCAAGCACCGUCUCCGGCUCAGCAAGUUGGACGGAGAGGCAGGGCGGCGGAUGUGGCGGCGUAUACGGAUGAGAAAGGUGAGCCGUUAACGCCGACGUCGGCUUGGAGAGUGGCGGAUCGGCUGGCUAAAGUUGCGAUGAUGAGAAAGUCGGUAAAUAGAGUCAGCGAUUUACACGGGUUUGAAGAUGCGAGAUUCUGAUGAAAAAUGAAAAAUGAAAAAUGAAAAUAGUAAUUUUUAUGGCUUUGCUUUUAGGUCCUUGUGUUUUCUGUUUAUUACAGUUUUUACCCUCCAAGAAUGCAAAGUUAUUACAAAAGGAAAAAUAAUUAGUGUGGUCGGAGUAUAAUAUCGACAAAGGGUACCCGACGAUUUGAGCCUUUUAUAUGUAGCAAUCAAUUGGAAUGAAAAGGAAAACAAGAGAAAGGGUGACAAAAGCUAUUGAAACGGAGGGGCCUCUAUGUCUUUUUGUCUUCUUUUAGAAUUCCAUUAUAUGAUGAUUAUAUUUCAUUUGGUUUAAUGGGAAGAAUAGUUGUACAUUAUCUUACUUAAAUGGAAACCUUUUAGUUUAAAGCAA